UCAUUACCAAAACGAAAAUUCAAUAUUAUUUAAUAAAAAUAAAGAAUUACGACAAAGAAUUAAAAAUUUAGAAGAACAAGAAUCUAAAAAUACAAAUUCAAAAGAAUUAAUUAGUCAAAACAUUGAAAUUUAUGAACAUCGAAUUAGAGAUAUAACACAAGCAUUUAAUAAUAAUAUAGAUCAAAUUAGAUAUGAAAAAGAAUAUUCUGAAAUAAAAUGUAAAGAAUGGGCAGAUUAUUUUUCAUUUAUUA